UUUUCCAGCUACCAGCCGAUGGCGUGGUCAAGGCACUUUGUUUAUGCUCGCACCUUUUCAACCCGUACUGAAACGAUCUCGGAUAAUAACAACCAUGUCCAGCCUUCUCUUCUCCCUUUCCGAACUCCGUCUCGCAACCGUAACACUAGCUGCCGUGGCAGCUAUCGUGCCAGUCUACUACUACCUUCGCGAUGACGGACUCCUCAAAGAAUCCACCCCACAUGUGAGGACAUUCCGCAACUAUCUCAAAGCAUAUACGACGCUUCGCCCAGCUGCUCUCUCUGCAAACGCAACAGCCGAUUUCACACAUUCGGUUCUACCCCUCUCACUCAAGAUACCCGUUCGUCCUCUCGAUGGCUUCCAGCAGCAUGCUCAUAUCAUCUUUUCGCUGUUCGCCUCUUUUCAGAUGAUUCCGGUCAAGACUGCAGACGACGAUGGUGUGCAUUUCAGCAAACGGACAAAUACAGUUGUGGCGCAUUGUAAGAUGGGAGGAAAGGUCAACGGCGAUAGUGAGAAGGGAAGACUGCUGAUUGAUGCGGGAUACGAUGAAUGGUGGACGGAGAACGUAUUAGUGGUGAGGAUGAGCAACGAUGGACUGAGAGUUGAGGAAGUCAAGGAGUUUGUGGACAGUGCUAAGGCUGCGGAGUUACAAAAGCGACUGAGUGGGGUCCUGAGCAGCUGA